CAGUCAGUCCCUCACCCAGUCAGUCAGUCACAUGCAAGUGGGUGAGUAGGAAAGCAGUCGUGUCGUGGCCACCGGGUCAUUGGGUCAUUCAUCCAUCAAGCGUAUAGCUCCCCAGAAAGCCCGGUUCGUGCACGAGAGGGGGCGGGUCGGGCCACUCACAGUCAAAGCUAGAGUGACUGCUGCUGCCCGAAGGACUUAGCACCACACCCUCACCACCAACUCCUGACAGACAGCAGCCAUUGGCAUCGCAUGCCAUGCACAGACAUAUCACCGACUCGCCAGCUGCACCUCUAGGUGUGCUGUGCUCAUCCGUACUUACGGUGCUGUUGCUCAUCGCGGUGCGCGACGCACUUGUCGUCGGACUUGCUCCGCCACAGCUGCGAAAGCGGCGAAACCUCCCGGCUGCUGGCAGGGUCAGCCGUCACACCAUCAGUCCCUGCAGAGGCAUGCGACAUGGUGGCCCUCAGCCGAGAAGUGUAGGGCGAGAACCGACUGCCCUUGCCCCGAGGCCGCAUUGGUGACGAGAGGGGUGACGAGCCCGACGAUGAGUAGCACGACGACACGUGGCGCGGGGCGGGGGGGCUGCGGGGGCGGGGUGCUUCACAGGACGAGAGAUACUGAUUCUCGGCGCAGAGGGCGCCGUAUGCAUCGCUGCAGAAAGACGGAGAAGAGGAAACAUGUGCAUGCAGAGGACGAGCAGCGACGUGGGCUCAGACGGGCCUGACCUGAUGGCAGCGCAGAGGUCGUUGGUAAGUUGGGAGGCGGCCGUGCGCAUCUCAUGGAUCGUCUCGACCAGCGACGACACCGAUGUCAUUAUGCAGACGCCAACCUGAUGAUAGUGUGACAGACAAACACGAACGAACAGUGAGAGGCUCCAUGAGCCGUAUACAUUUUGUUAUGUAUUGUGUUUCUCCGGCCGGCCGACUGUGGCGGACCUGACCUGCACUGAGCCACCCUUGUCAGCCUCAGCCAGCUCCCCUGCCAGCCGAUCAAUCUCAGCACCCAAAUCACGGCAGAGGUCACUCAGCUGAUUGCAAUGACACACAUCACGUCAGUCACAACACUUCACACCCAUCCACAGACAGCUUCGGUUCUCCCACCUGCUGCAGACGCCCAGCGCCCGUCCCCUUGAUGCUCGAGGGACUCGACGUAUACCGACUGGACAGACACCACGGUCGUCACAGGGGCGAUGAAUGCGCAUGCAUGGCAACUGAGAUCUCCUCACCUGCAGAGUGCCUCCCGGCCUGUCCCCAAGCUCCUCACGCAGUCGGCCAACUGGUCCACGUACCGAUGGGCAUCCUGCAAAUGAGGAAUACAGGCACACCAAUGCAUCACAUGCAGCAGGAAAUGAGUGCAUGAGCUCGAACUGCUGACCUCCAGGUAGUCAAACGCGAGAAGAGCCUCGUGUUCUUCGAGGGCGAGACUGAGAUCCUCGCACAGAUCGGAGAAGUUAUGGCAGACUCCCUCGAUGGACGCAACAAGGGAGUUGGCCUGCCGGUGCGCAUCCCGCAGCUCCAGCGACUCGAGUGAGCACGACAGACCUCGCUUCAUCGCGCCUCC